UCUAUUAAUAUAUAGGGAUAUUUUAGGUCCCCAGUGUUUGAUCUUUUCACAUCAUCAUCUAUUAAUUAGUAGAUAUAUAUGUCUAAUAACUGAAAUUAGUAGAUAUAUAUAUAUAUAUAUAUAUAUAUAUCAUAAUCAGAUUUUAUAUAUAUUGAUACUUUGUUCUAGUUAAUAACCAAUAAAUUAAUUUGUAAUCUACAUGAAGAUCAUUUAAAUAGUCAUGAUGAAAUCUUAGGCAAUUAAAUAAAAAUGUUGGAUUUCAAUAUCCAUCAAAAUUGAAUAUAUUCUCUACUUUAGUUAAGUCACUUAUAUUAUGGUGAGAUAGUCUUGCCUUCUUUACUGAAAUCGAUUGCUACAUUUGGUUGAACCUGUUGUUACUUUUAAGUCAAUAGGAAAACUACUUUUUCACAACCUCACAAGUAAAAAAAUACAAUCACUGAAAUAAGUAGGAAAUAUUCAUUAUUAAUGGAUAUUAUAUUUUUGAAAUUUUGUUUUUAAAAAAUAACUAAAAAUUGUCUUACAGUAUAAGAAAACUAUAAACAUAUAAUCUUUUAAAAUUUAAUGAUUCCAUGCAUCAAAUAUUUUAUUAAAAAAAUUAUAUUCCAAUUUUAAUGAUUUUGUUUUGCUUCUUUGGAAUUGGCAAAGUAAAACUUCUUUAUAAAAGGUGAGACUAUCCUCUCACUUUUUGUCAUCUAUAAAGUUGUUGUUUAUUAAACAUCAUCACAAACAAACUAUUGAAAUAAACCCAAAACAUAAAUCAAAAUAGGACGUACAGUUCUCACUUUUGAUAAUGAAUUCCUUGCCUAUGCAUCUCCUAGACAAGAUUCUCUUCAGAUUAGAUCUCAAAUCUCUGGUGAUGAUGCAAUGCACAAGUAGAUCCAUCAAAUCACAUAUAUUGGAUGAUCCGAGUUUUGAAAUCGGAUAUUCAUCUCGUGCCCGACUCAGUUUUAUUUACACUUUUAGCAAAGGCGCCCCUUUCAUCUUCUACCAGCCUUUUGGCUCUCAAUGUGAAUCUAUGUCAAACGUAAAAACAUUUGCUUCUCUCCCAAGAGUAAACUGUUAUAUCCUCGGCUCCUGCUCCGGCCAUCUCCUACUAUACACGAGUGGCCUCUACGUCGCGAAUCCCCUUACAAAGAGGUUUCGACUCUUGGAUCACUCUGGUUCAAUGCUUCUAACUACAAUAUUCAAUGGUCCCAACAACAAGGCUAAUGAUACAGAAGAGAGAGCUAUGUGCGUUGGUUUUGCGCUAGAUCAAAGUCGAGCGACCACCAUCAAGAGAUUCAAGAUCAUUUGCAUACUUGAGACUCAUACGACGUACGCAUUUGAGAUAAGCGACGGAAACUCGUGGAGAUUUUCUGAAACAAUCAUCACCACCACCAACUCAAAAAGUGAGCUCACAAAGCGAAUGAAACCUGUUUACGUGGAGGGAACUCUACACUGGUUGAGAAACGACGGUAGCAUCAUAGCUUUCAAUAUUGAGACAGAGCAAGCACGCUUGAUUCCCUCUGUAUUCCAUCCGGAACCAGAGAUGAAGCUGCUUUUAAGAUCAAUCGUCUAACCUUAAUAUCGGGGACCAAAAAAACAAUCUCAGUACACACACUAAUGGGAGAUACCUCCAAGUGGGUCCUUGCCAGGCAGUAUACAGACUGUUAGAAAAUCUUUAUUAAAUAAAUUAUUAAUUGCCGCAUAUAUCUUAAUCACAUUAGGUAAUUUAGUAAGUUUUAUUUAAGGAAAGAAUAUAUAAUAAUUUCAAUUUGAUAAAUGAAUGGUCCAUAAUGGACG